GCAGCGCUUGCAAUCGGCCACGGAGGUGGCCCCCAAAGUUGCGAUAGUUUGAAUGACUUCCAGGCCAUGCCAAGCUGAGGGAGCACGGCAUCGCGACGGCGGAGAGGCGGAGAAUGUCUCCUAUCCUAGAUCCAUUCGUCAGUGGCGAGGCUCAUGAACGUCUUGGCAGAAGCCUGUAGCAUGAGCUUGAUGAAAGCUUGCGACGACUUUCAAGCGCCAAGCAGUGAAGGAGAAAACAUUCUGCCAAUCAAACUCAUGGCGUUGUCAACGGCCCCAGAAACACCGCAAAAGUGGCAUAGCUUCCUCGUGGAACACGCCUCUCGUGAUUCCACUUGCAAGAUUGCCGUGACGCGUAACAAUGGUGAAGGUUCUGAUUCGACGUUCGCCAGAAUAAUGCUCCGGAGUGGGUGUGUUCGGACGAUGCUCCACCGCGGCAGUGGCUUGCCUUGCCCGUGCCACGAGUCAAGCAGCACUGCCGGGUGCGUCGAACACCCCGUCGCCAGAGGGGCACCGGCCGCGUAAUUCGAGAUGACGAGUCUGCAGUACAGAUCUUGAGGGUGGAGGCUGGCGUAGGAGGGGUGUAGUCAGCUAUAAGACCGCGUUGGCGUUCACUCCGAAAUUUC